AUGUCUUUCAAGGGCAACCUUGCCAAUAGUUGGGAGUUUUUCAAGCAAAUGUUUGAAAUUUACCUUCGAGCAGCCCGUCUGAUAGGCGAGGAUGAUUCAUAUAAGGCAGUUGUGUUAUUGAAUACAGUGGGAGAUGGAGUAAUCAAGAUAUAUAACAACAUCCAAUUCGAGACAGCAGAAGAUAAAAAUGUCUACUGGAAGAUAAUAGAAAAGCUUGAUGAAUAUUUCAUUCCCACCAAGAAUGUAACCUAUGAAUGGAAUGUGUUCUUCACGCGGAAUAUGAAGGCUGAUGAAUCAAUAGAUGAGUAUGUCAAUGAGCUACGCAGGUUGAGUAGCACUUGUGAGUUCAGUACACUUACUGAUAGCCUCAUCAAAGAUCGGAUUGUGCUGGGUAUUCAAGAUAGAAAUCUAAAGGAUCGUCUAUUCAGAGAAACCAAUUUGACAUUGAAGAAAGCAGUGGAACUUUGUAAAGCAGCAGAGCAAGCAAGUAAACAAUUGAAUGAAAUUGUCAACUCUAAUGUGGAAGUUGAUGCAGUUCGUCGUACUGCACCUGUACCUAGAGAUCAGCGCAGGUCAUACCAGAUGAGAUAUCACCAGAAAGAAAUGAAGACAGGCGCUCGUUAUUGUUGUGGAGGAGAUCACCCAAGGGAUAGAAAUAGGUGUCCUGCUAGGGAUGUUAUCUGUAACAAAUGCAAGAAUGCCAGAGAAUGCAGGUUAUACAUUCUCAUAAAAAGCACUGAAUCAAUCAAUUUGAUAACUUGCAACAUACAAGAUGGUAUCACUGUGAAAAACUGCAAUGGUGAAUUCCUUGCAUCUUGUUCGGUAGUUUUCUAG